UGAGUGGAUGUGGCACCACAAAAUAGAACCAAAACUCAACAGGCUGUCAUAGCCACUAGUCAUAGACAUGGUAAUCCUUUUUGCAGCAACACAAAGUCCUGAAUGAUCACUUUGAAACAACUCAACUCAAUCAAAGAACAGGCAAAAGGCAAAAGGCAAAAUCAAGAAUUCUUAACUAAUGGCUUCUACAACUAGCUACACUUCACUUUGUUCUUUACUUAAACUCAAUCAAACAAAGCAAAACACCCCAUCAUCAUCUUCUUUGUUUAAGUUCAAGAAUCAUGUAUGUUUUACCAGCAGCAAUAGUAUUUUAACAAGUAGUAGACAUAUAGGAAAGGGUUCAGUAUUUGUUGUUAAAGCUGAGGCAACUCAAUCUGCAAAAUCAAAAGGAGAAGGACAAGAAGAAGGAGAAGAAGAAGUUAAGUAUGAAGAGUAUGAAGUAGAGAUUGUACAGCCUUAUGGACUUAAAUUUACUAAAGGAAGAGAUGGGGGUACUUAUAUUGAUGCCAUUGCUCCUGGUGGUUCUGCUGAUAAGACUGGAAAGUUCACUGUUGGAGAUAAAGUCCUUGCCACCAGUGCAGUGUUUGGAGAAGAAAUAUGGCCUGCUGCUGAAUAUGGAAGAACAAUGUACACUAUCAGACAGAGAAUUGGACCCUUGCUCAUGAAGAUGCAAAAGAGAUAUGGGAAGGUGGAAGAAGUAGGUGAAUUGACAGAAAAGGAAAUCAUCAGAGCGGAGAGGAACGCUGGUUUCAUCAGCGACAGAAUUAGGGAAAUUCAACUAACAAAUGCUCGGAGGAUGAAAGAACAAAAGGUGCAAAGAGAAACGGAUCUUCGUGAAGGACUGAAACUUUCUAGGAAUGGCAAAUACGAAGAAGCACUAGAAAAGUUUGAGUCUGUGUUAGGAUCAAAACCAACUGGUGAUGAAGCUGCUGUGGCAAGUUACAAUGUUGCCUGCUGCUAUUCCAAGCUUAAUCAGCUUCAAGCGGGGUUAUCUGCAUUGGAGGAUGCGAUGGAAGCAGGAUUUGAAGAUUUCAAGCGAAUCAGGACAGACCCCGAUCUUGCCAAUCUAAGGACGUCUGAGAAAUUUGAGACACUCAUGAAAAGGUUUGAUGAAUCGUUCAUCAAUGAGAAUGCCAUCAAUGCUAUUAAGUCCCUAUUCGGCUUCAACAAGAAAUAGCAGCAGCAGCACAUCCGUAAACUGGUUGCUGGAAACUUACUUUGACAUCCAUGCACAUAUAAGGCAAAAGAUGUGAACCUGCAACAAACUAUGCUCUCCUUUUUUCGGAUUUUGUUUAUAGGGUGAGUUAAGAGAUAUGAAAUUACUUCUAAUCGUUGAAUUUUUUUAUUUCAAUUGUAUUAUACUAUGGUCAUCCCAAGUACAUUCGAAACCUACUGAUCUCGUCCAUUGUUGUACUCCAUGAAUAGCAUAUGCUCUUAAUUUGGUCAA